AUGGCAAAUAUGCGAGGGCUGCCGGCUAGAGGACGGAGUCGGCUAAAGAAGUUAGUCCGCUAUCGCCAGCAACAUCCAGUGCCCUUGGCAACACUUAACGUUGGGACGCUUACUGGAAGAAGUCGUGAACUGGCAGACAGUCUCAGAAAACGCCGUGUUGACAUAUGUUGUGUGCAGGAGACUCGCUGGAAAGGCUCCAAGGCAAGGGAAUUAGGCGAUGGCUACAAGCUGAUCUACCACAGCACAUCAAAUCGCAAUGGCGUUGGUAUCAUAUUGAACGAGUCGUUUAGAGACAGCGUCACAGCAGUGGAUCGACUAUCGGAUCGCCUGAUGGCUGUAAAAGUAGACACAGGAGAAGUGGAAUUGCAAGUCGUCUCUGCUUAUGCGCUUCAGGUGGGCUGUAGUGAAGAAGAGAAGACGUGA